AUGGCAUCUCAUCAGUUGCCACCUUUAUCGACAGUCGAUAGUAGCUUCAUGUCAGACCAAGCAAAUGAUGAGUAUGUCAUGCGCAAAGAAGAGAAAACUGCUGUAGAACUUUGUGAGCUGGUGCCUGGAGGCGAGAUCCCAAAGAAGAGAAGCCCUGUAAAACACUAUUUGUGCUGCAUCUGCUGUCCUUGUCUUCCCAUGUGGACUAGAUAUGGUUGCUGUGCCUUACUAUUGCUCUUUAUCAUAUUUUUGAUUAUCGUAGGUGUCUUGGCAGCAAUAUUUAGAGUCCCAGAAGUGAAUUUCAAUGGACCCACCAAACAUCCUGAUGGCUAUGCUCCUUUUGAGAAAUCCAAUGACACGCUUGCCUUUAGCGUCAACUUUGGACUUCAAAUUGGUGUUGUCAAUGACAACGUCGAAAGCAUCACGUUUGAAUCUAUACGAGCCAUUGUAAGUCUAAAGGCAUAUUACCCAACUGCCCCUAAAAUUUCGGUAGGGGGUGGUGAGAUCUUGAACGUACAUAUACGAUCCCAUGGCAUUACCAACUUUACCUUUCCCUUUUCGAUAAAAUAUGACCCAAUGAAAGAUGAGGGCUAUGCAAUGCUCACAGAUAUCGCCUCUAAAUGCGGUUUACUCGGUGGAUCCAACAAGGAGGAUUUAUACAUUCAAUAUGAUUUGAUUCCUACCAUUCGAAUUGCAGGCAUAGCUAUAUCGCCAACGAUUUACCAGUCUUCACAUUUUCCUUGUCCAAUAUCAUCUGGGCAACUAACCAUGGGCCUAGCGGCAAGUUUGAAUGAAGAUGACUCUGAUGAAGAAGACAAUGUUGGUGAGGAUUAG